CCGCCGGCAGCGCGCUUUCAGCUUCUCGUCUCCAGAAACUGCGGCCGCGGCGCCACCUCCGCCUCGGGCUGCGGCUUCCAGCCUGGCCCGCCCGGCCCGCGGGCCAUGGAGCUCCGCGCGGCGGGUCGAGCUAAGCCGGCGCCCGCCAACCUGCCCGCCCGGUGCCUGGCUCCCUCCGCCUCCCAGCCGGAGCCCUGGAGGCAGCGUUCCCCCAGCUGCUGAGCAGCAGCGACAGCAUGAAGGCUCCGGGUCGGCUUCUGCUUGUCAUCCUAUGUUCCUUGGGCUUCUCCACUGUCUAUAUCCUGCUAUGCUGCUGGGCCUGCCUGCCCUUUUGCCUGGCCACCUGCCUGGACCGCCGCCUCUCUGCCAACUCCAGGCCCACUGUGCCAGGGCCCCUGCACUUUAGUGGAUACAGCAGCGUGCCAGAUGGGAAGCCACUGGUCCGAGAACCAUGCCGCAGCUGUGCUGUGGUGUCCAGCUCUGGCCAGAUGCUGGGCUCAGGCCUGGGUGCAAAGAUUGACGGCGCUGAGUGUGUGCUGCGCAUGAACCAGGCGCCCACUGUGGGCUUUGAGGCAGACGUGGGCCGGCGCAGCACCCUGCGCGUUGUCUCACACACGAGCGUGCCGCUGCUACUGCGCAACUACUCGCACUACUUCCGGCAGGCUCGAGACACGCUCUAUGUGGUGUGGGGCCAGGGCAGGCACAUGGACCGGGCGCUUGGCGGCCGCACCUACCGCAUGCUGGUGCAGCUCACCCAGAUGUACCCAGGCCUGCAGGUGUACACGUUCACCGAGCGCAUGAUGGCGUACUGUGACCAGGUCUUCCAGGACGAGACAGGCAAGAACCGGAGGCAGUCCGGCUCCUUUCUCAGUACAGGCUGGUUCACCAUGAUCCUGGCCCUGGAGCUGUGUGAGGAGAUCGUGGUCUAUGGAAUGGUCAGCGACAGCUACUGCAGGGAGCAGAGCCACCCCUCCGUGCCUUACCACUACUUUGAGAAGGGCCGGCUAGACGAGUGUCAGAUGUACCUGGCACACGAACGGGCGCCCCGCAGCGCCCACCGCUUCAUCACUGAGAAGGCUGUGUUCUCCCGCUGGGCCAAGAGAAGGCCCAUCGUGUUCGCCCACCCGUCCUGGAGGACCCAGUAGCCCAGUCAUCGACUGGUCGCACCGUCCUCACCAGGCCUCCGUUCCAUCCACACUCCACCGAAAACAUUUAAUUUAUGGAUCCUGUCUCCUGCCACAUGCCACGUGGACCUCAGGUCUCUUCCUGUCCUACCCUGGGGGUACUUGGAGCCAUCUCAAGCCUCCGACUUGACGGGGAGGAGAAGGGACCCACAGCGAUCUUUGCACCCUCCUCCCCACCCCUGCUCUCUGAGUAAUCCAGAUCUUUACUUUGGGGUUCAUCCCACCUCUGAGUCUGUCCAGUGGCCUUUGCCUCUGGGGCUGAUGGCCCCCAAUUCACCAGCAUCAUGACCUUUGACCCUACACCUGCUCUUUGACCUUACACCAGCCCUGGUCCCUCCUCUCCACACUCCCCCAUCCACCCACCUUUGGUGCCACACUUCCCAGGCUGGUUGCCCUCAUCAGGGCCACCCAGAGCCUAGGGUUCGCUGGGCAAAGGGGCCUUUGAAUUGUGACUGCCAGGGCCACCUCCGGAGUGUACGGGUAAACAGUGUUUUCUGGAA